GUCUCAGCGAGAGAUUCCGCGACAAUCGCAUGUUGAAGUGCGUUUUCUGCGGCCACGAGUUCCAGGGCAACCAGUUCGUGGCGGCGCGCCAUUUCCGUCAGGGCAAGGGAUGUCCGAAAGUGACAGACGAGGCACUUGUCGACAUCCACUAUAACAGUGAGUACAAGGUGUCCGACAAGUUCCUAGAGCGGAUACAGCGAUUUGAGGAGCUUCACGGUGCGGCACCUGCGAUGGAUCCGCGACAGGACGAGGGGGGGGAGGGAGAGAUGAGGGACGCGGGGGAGCAGAUCGACGUAGACGACGACGUCGAGGAGGUUGCACGGGCGGGGUCGUCAGGGAAGGAGCGAGGGAAGGGCAUUGUCAGCGAGCCGGGGGGGCAGCAGGGCCACUACUUUGCGUCGGCGCACGUGUCGGCUAGUACAUGGGCAGGUGCGGAUACGGCUGAGGCGGUGCGCCCCGCAGUUGCAGGUUAUCGCUCUUCGUGUGAUGUACAUGUGGAUGUGCUCCUCUUUUGCGGAGAGAGGAAUUGGGCCGUCCACGAGGGUGUACAGACGAAGAAGCGUAACCGGCUUGAGUUCGAGAAGGUCGCGAAGUUGGUUGAGAUCUCAGCCAACAUCCGCCUUCUCUCUCAUCAGCGGGCAGGCCGCGGGUUCGCACUGCCGUGGACUCUAGAUGAGUCGUUGUUAGACGUGGAGGGAGGUAUCGGGAUUCGCCCCUCGUGGAAGGGGACGGACGAGAGCAGGACGCGGGAGGAGGUCGAGGAUCAGAGACGUUCAUGGCAGCGAGACCCAUGUGGGUCCAGAGCUCCUCCGGGUGAUGUGGGCGAUGUUUUUGGGACUCGAGCCGCCACAUUGCACCCAUACCCUCGAGACGACAGUGAUUCCGAGGGUCACGAGGACGAGGACGAGCCGGCGGGCCCCGCUAGCGCCACUCCUGCGGCGGAUGAGCGUGAUGAGUGGAGCGACCCAGAGGACGUCCAGUCGGGGAUUGACCAUCGUCCUCUGGGUUGCUCUGGCACGACAUCAUCCUCCGCUCUUCCCACUUCGACGGAGAAGCUUCAUCGACAGCCAGCCGGUGCAGAUCGAUUGCAGAGAUUGGUGAGGGGCCCGAGACAGCGAUUGGAGGACAGAUUGGAGGGCGGUCCUAUGCCGGUGCAGGGUGACGACGGAGACAGACAGGGGUUGGUUGGUGGAGAUGGAGGUGCGCUGGCCGGAGGUGGAGGCGGUGCCGAGGUUGAUGCUGCGGUUGAGGGGAUACCGAUGGGCGGCGGUGGCGGUUGCAGUGAGUUAGGCGAUAUGGGUAUGCCCCCGGGAGAGAGCGUGGGUCUGGCCCGAGGAGAGAGCGAGUCCCGUGGGGACAUCAGUGUGGGUAUGCCGGACUUACUGGGACAGAUCGGCUUCGCGGACCCGAGUAGUUUCUCCCCUGCCAUGCGCGCAGAGGUGAUGUUGGGGGCAGAGGGGGAUGAGGACCGAACACCCCCUGGAGAGACAUCUGCAGAGAGGCUGGAUAGGCUUGAUAGUCGUCGAGCGUGCCUCAUGGCACAGAGGGACCCCAGAACGCAAGAGCUCGCCUGUCUUGCGGCCGAGGACCGACAGAGGCAGCUGGGGACAUAUACGCCGGCGUCUGUUGACGUGGGGCCAGCUUCCCACACGGAUACUUCGGCAGAGGUUCACGAUACGACGCAGCGGGAGGCGGCUUCGGCAGAGGUUUCAAGUACGGGAGUAGAUGUUCAGCAGGGGACGCACGAGAGCGGGUUGGCACCGACAGAGGAGCCACGUUCGGAGCCGGCGCAGCCUCCUGCCGUGCAGCUGAGGCCAGAGGAGACAUUGCACGAGGUCGCGGGCGUGCCUCUGCCCGCGGGUUCAGUUGAGGGUGCCGUGCAUAUGUCCCCGGGUCUGGAGGACAUACAGACAGGGCAGUCAGUGGGCAUUGAUGAUAUUCGCCCAUCGGCACAGGCGGAGGGGAUAGCGCCGACCACCGGGGGGGACGGGGCUGUAGCGGGGGCCGUUGGUGUUGGCGGGUCAGGGGUGUCGUCCGCGGCCGAUCCGAUGUCCGCGUCCGGCGGGGGAGACCCCGCACAGGUGGACAGACGUGACGCGGAUGGAUAGGAGAUGCCACAAACUUUGGUGGUUCGCACUGCUGUGGGGCCAGUGGUGCCACAUCAG